AUCCAAAUGGAUUACAGCAGUGUCCGCGGAUUUGGUUCUAUGUUGUUAGCGCUGAAAUAAAGUGAACCGUUCCGUUCCGUGAAUGGAGUUAUCCGAUUCUUUCUUUGUUUUUACAAUGCAAAAGUAAAGGCGACAGUCAAACACUUGGUUACACAAUCAAGAGUCAGAUCAAGCCAAAAUUGUACUUUGAUUAACACAAUUUAACAAGCGCUUGGCACUGACUGCACUACAGAAAUCAAAGAAUCUUGGCUACGCGAUCGUGAUGUUUAGAUGGUGUUUAAACAUCCGCUGUAUACGAUCUUCACAGCUAGACACUGUAUGCCGUUUAUUUGUGAUACCAUCGACGUGUGAAAUAAAGUCGAAAAUAAACUAUCGAAUUAAAAUCACCGGGGUUAAAAACAUUUACGGAUUACAUUUUCACUCUGCAUGGUUGCUGACUGAAAAAAAACAUUGACUUCGUAUGCACAUGUUUAAGUAGUGUUAGUGAAAGGACCUGGAUGGACAGCCUGGACCAUGAAACCUUGUACCUGUCUCCGGAGCAGCCUGGGCAAGCACAGGCUGAGCUCUCCAUUCUUGCCCCAGAGGCUGCAAACAUGGGGGGUGGAAAAAAGAUGAAUGGGUCCUUGGACAAUCCGGACCAGCCAGACAUGGACGCCAUCAAGAUGUUUGUGGGCCAAAUUCCACGUUCCUGGUCCGAGGACCAGCUCCGGGAGCUGUUUGAGUCCUACGGAGCUGUGUACGAGAUCAAUGUUCUCCGAGACCGCAGCCAGAACCCCCCACAGAGCAAAGGGUGCUGUUUCAUAACAUAUUACACACGCAAAUCUGCCUUGGAAGCACAAAAUGCACUACACAACAUGAAGAUCCUGCCAGGGAUGCACCACCCAAUCCAAAUGAAGCCCGCCGACAGUGAGAAAAACAAUGCCGUGGAAGACCGAAAGCUGUUCAUAGGAAUGAUCUCCAAGAAGUGUAACGAGAACGACAUCAGGCUGAUGUUCUCUCCCUACGGCCAGAUCGAGGAGUGCAGAAUACUGCGCGGCCCAGAUGGACUCAGUCGUGGUUGUGCAUUUGUGACAUUCACUGCUAGACAAAUGGCCCUGUCAGCCAUCAAGACAAUGCACCAGUCACAGACAAUGGAGGGCUGUUCUUCGCCCAUUGUGGUGAAGUUUGCAGACACACAGAAGGACAAGGAGCAGAAGCGAAUGGCCCAGCAGCUCCAGCAACAGAUGCAGCAGCUCAACGCUGCCUCCAUGUGGGGCAACCUCACUGGACUCAACAGCCUGGGGCCACAGUACCUGGCACUUUAUUUACAGCUGCUGCAGCAGUCAGCCUCUGCAGGGAACGCACUCAACAAUCUGCACCCUAUGUCAGGUCUGAACGCCAUGCAGAACUUGGCAGCACUAGCAGCAGCAGCAGCGGCAAGUGCCACACAGGCCACAUCCUCAGGUUCGAGCGCCAUGACAACAUCCAGCAGCCCACUCAGUAUGCUCACCAGUUCAGCAGGCUCCUCUCCCACCUCAAGCAACAACUCAUCAGUAAACCCCAUGGCUUCUCUAGGAGCCCUCCAGUCAUUGGCUGCAGGCGCCGGAGCUGGCCUCAACAUGAGCUCACUUGCAGGCAUGGCUGCCCUCAAUGGUAGCCUGGGCAGUGGGAAUCUGUCCAAUGGCUCGGGGAACACCAUGGAGGCUCUGAGCCAGGCCUACUCUGGCAUCCAGCAGUACGCCGCCGCCGCACUGCCCAGCCUCUACAACCAGAGCCUGUUGUCCCAGCAGAGUGUGUCAGCGGCAGGGAGCCAGAAAGAAGCCAGUGACGGUCGCAGUACGGGUCCUGAAGGAGCAAACCUGUUCAUCUACCACCUUCCCCAGGAGUUUGGAGACCAAGACCUUCUUCAGAUGUUCAUGCCGUUUGGGAACGUAAUCUCCGCUAAGGUCUUCAUUGACAAGCAGACCAACCUCAGCAAGUGUUUUGGCUUCGUCAGCUAUGACAACCCGGUGUCAUCACAGGCGGCCAUCCAAUCAAUGAACGGUUUCCAGAUUGGCAUGAAGAGGCUCAAGGUGCAGCUGAAGCGCUCUAAGAACGACAGCAAGCCCUACUGAGACCGCUGAGGCGCUUUGGACUUGGUUGAGAAGGGUGCUGUUCCCUGGUAAGUGGAGUGUGAAUAAGGCCUUUUGCUUCCUGCACACCCACCCUGCCGCCCCCACUCUGCUCUCCUGUAACUCCUCCUCACCUCUUCCCUUUGUAUAUUCCAGGGUGAGUCUCUCUCUCUAUCUCGCUGUCUCUCCGUUAGGCUACGCAGGCACUGAGACCAUAGAUACACACCGCUUUCGUUUUCUUUGUUUUCUUACGUUGGUUGUUCUUUGUGGAACAAAAAAAUAACUGGAUUCUUGUGAUCUGUUGGGAGUUUUGAGGGUUUAUUUAUCCUUUUUCUUUUUCAAGAUGAGAAGGAAAGGCAAGUGUUUUUUGUAAGAUGUUCUAGCAGCUUGCUGUGAUAAAUUAUACAUACAUAUAGGAAUUUAUAUAUAUUUAUACACGUUGUUCAUUAAUAUUGAUGUGUUGCGCAUUGAAUUUGUUGCCAAGAUAUGCCUGUUUUUUUUUCUGCUUUCUGCUCCGUGCUUCUACCUACUAAGCGUAACCUCUCCUAAGCACACCUUACCCCAUCCCACAUCAAGAAGGAAGCUUCUCUUUACCUUUCCUAAAGAUGCUCUCUCUUCACAGUUGUGAAGAGAGAGAGCAGAAGAUAGCUGGAUUUGAUACCGCAAACAACCCCCAAAACGUCCCCUUCGUCUCUGGUCCUUCCCUCUCUAUGUUGCUCCUCCAUUGAGAAGUUUUGCACUUCAUACACCUGUGAUGGACAGGCAUAAUAGAUGAAUAUAACCAAUCGGGGAAGAGAGGAGCUGAAUGGUCAAAAAUGUGCAUUUUCUUUAGAUCUAAAUUGACUCAUCGACGCGUCUUAUUUUAUAGUUUCACAGUCUAAUAAAUUAUUUAAUAUUUGGAAGAUACAGGAUAUAUUUGCUAAAUCUAUUGUGUUUUUUCUGUUAGUCCUUGUUUGCCUUCAUCUCGGUCUGCAAUGUGUGCAGUAUGAGAAUAAUCCAUAGAUUAAUCCUAGAUUGAUGCCGCACUUGCCUUUGGCUGGUCAUUCUAUGAAGUGAACGUUGUUGGUCUGGUCCUGACUGAAAUAAACCGCUAUUUUGAAUUUGCACUUCACGAGGCGGUCAGUGGUGUUUGGUCACCAUAUAUGGGCUGUCAUUCAAUUCAAUUUUCAAUUCAGAUCACCAAAGCAGCUACAUCCUUGGCCCUAUGUCAAAUGCUGCAGUGCAAAGAGAGCAAGCAUAAACAAGUCAAUUCAUCCAAAUGUCAAAACAUGAUGUUAUGGGUUAAUUUCUCUGAGUCUAUGAUAUCUGUAAUAUAGUUUAUUCUGUAUACAUUGCCAAGUGUACAUUAAUCCUCAAUGUAGUUAUGAUAUCGUACUUCUUCAGUAUAUUUGUGCUUGUCAUCAUUUGUGUUGUGAAACAAACUGGUUUGUAAGAAAUGUCCUGCUAGUUAGUAACAAAAAUUAUUGAGCAGGUUAACUGGUAACAAAUUGUUUGUUUCAAACUAUUUGUAAACGAUUUUGAUGAUCGCAUACUUAUCUACUGAAGCCUACAGUACAUUGUUUGUUUUAAACUAUUUGUUCACGCAUUUUGAUGAUCGCAUAGUUAUCUAAAUAAAUUUUGAAGAGACACGUUGUCAGUUUGUUAGACGUUCAAGAACUCUUCACAUAUUUCUAUUUUUAUUUAUUUUUUAACCAAGGGAGAGCAAAGUAAAUGUCCAUACGAUGUAUAUUACCAACAAAAACUAUAAUGCCUUUUCUAUUUUUAUAAAGGUUUUAUACUUCGUGUGUUUGGGACCUAUAGGACGUUUCAAGUCCAGCUUCCUUAAUUAAACUCAUGGUCGUUAUCUAACCAUUUCAGUGUUCUCUUAUGGUGCUGUGUGAUGCCCUAAGGAGUAUGGAACUACGUGUGUGUAGGAUCCGCGCCAAGUGUUGCUAAUGACAACAUCAAGCCCCCUUACCAUGCGCUGUUGUCAGUUUCCUCUUUUAUAAAACGAAAAUAGCAAAAAUUAUAUCUUUCCUUCAAUUAUUAUUUAAAGGAGUACGCCGAGCUAUCUGUAAAUUGCUGUUUGUCUGUCUUGUUAAGAUUCAGAUCAGUCCUUUAAGGCCAAAUUCAUACUUGUGCUUCCAGAAGGGGAGUUCACUAGCCUGGGAACCAGACAAAUAUCUAGAGCUCAUGUUUGAUUUUUCCUGCUGUUAAGGUCUUGCUCCCAUACAAAUAGAUUUCUGCCUGUUACGGGAUAGACCUACCAUUCACAACCGUUUAUCUAAGAUGAGGCAGGAUAAAUACGGGGAUAGUGCAGAGAAGCGCUGUAGAGUAAUUGUCUACAACAAAGAUGGCUGUUGCUGAUGUAUAACAGUUUGUUGAUUACGCCAGCGAUUCUCAACCACCGGGCCGCCGACCGGUACCGUGCUGCGGAGCAUUGGCCACCGGGCCACAGAGAUUUAGAAAAAAAUAUAAAGGAAACGCUUUUAUAUGCUUAUUGCAUACUGUUAACAGACGAUGAACAAGCUCAUCUUUGUUUUUAUUGGCUCGAUGUUAGCACAGUAUAUCAGAAUCAGAAUCAGUUUAUUUUCGCCGAGUUCUCCCAUAAUAAAAACAAGGAAUUUGACUUGGUAAAACUAGAUGGCUAGUCUUGCCAGGGACCUAGUAAAUAAGUCAUAAGUUCAUUAAAGGAUAGGGCAUUCAUGAUAUCUAUGACAAUAAGAGACGUUCUCCAGUAAAAAGUGCAAGUGCUCACAUGGUGGAGAGGGGGGCGGGAUGGUGGUGUGUGUCUGUGUGUGGUGGCUGUGCAGGGGUGGGGGGAAGUCCUGGUCUCCUGCCGGAGGGGAGUGUCUGAAAAAGACACUGGCCGGGAUGGGAGGGGUCGGACGCCUUCUUCUUUUACCCUCCCUAGGGUCCUGGAGGAGUGCAGGCUAAGCAGAGAGGGCAGGCUGCAGCCACUCGCCCUCUCAGCAGUGUGGAAGAUGCGCUGCAGUCAGUGUGCAGUCUUCCCUCGUCCCUCGCUGUGACAGCUGGGCACCAGACUCGGAGGGAGGAUGUGAGGAUGGACUCUAGGGUGGCUGAUUAGAAGUGAACCAGCAUUGAAAAGGCCAGGUUGCAUUUCCUCAGCUGCCGAAGAAAGUAGAUCCUCAUGCCUACCCAGCUUCACAUGCUGCUUCCUGUCGGACAGGAGUCAGUGAUCCACCUGCAGGUUGAGUCAGGCACAUUUCACUUGGGGGAGUUUGUCCUGAAACCUAGCCGGGAUAAUGGUGUUAAAGGCAGAACCAAAGUCCACAAAGUGUAUCCUAGAAUAGGUGCCAGUAGCGUCCAGGGUGCCAUUUUGACUGUCAUCCACAGACCUGUUUGACCUAUAGGCAAAUUGCAGGGGAUCCAGAUGGGGGUUGGUGAUGGUUUCGAGGUGAGACAGCACAUGGCGUUCAAAGGUUUUCAUGGCUACAGUGGUCAGGGCUAUAGGUCUGUAUUCAUUAAGCUUAUUAUAAUGCUUUUUUAGGCACAGGGAUGAUGGUUGAGGCCUUGAAGCAGGCUGCCACCUGAUUUGUCUCUGAGGUGUUAAAGGUGUCAGUGCACACCUCAGACAGUUGGGCUGCACAGUGCCUCAGGGUGAAUCCCCUUGCGGGGAUAUGUUCACAUCUCUCAAGUAUGGAGAGAGAGGUGGAGGUGGUGGGGGGGGCACCUAGAGUCACAGGCAGAGGAGGUUCAGGGUUAGGGGACAGGGUGGUUGAGCAGGAAGGUGGGGUGGUAGGGUCAUUCCAUUUCCUGUCAAAGGCAGUCAAAGUCAUUUAGGCAGUUGGCAAGUUGGUGUGAGUCGUUGGUGAUGGUAUUGGUAGAUUUGGCUGAACCCCCCCCCCCCCAAACAGAGACAGAGUCACUGGCAGUGAAUUGCUGCUGUAACUUUACAGUGUUCUGCUGUUUGGCAUCCCUUACUGCCUUGUUGAAUGAAUACUUCAAUGCUUUGAACCUGUCUCUGUCUCCACUCCUAAACGCUACCUCUUUUUCCCUCCUCAGCCUUUUGAGCCUAGCUGUGUGAACCAGGGUUUGUCGUUGUUGAAACAUACCCUGCUGCAUGAUGAUAUGCAAGCAUCCACACAGAAACUGACAUAACGUCACAGCGUCUUUGUACUUGUCUAGGCUGUUGGCUGCAGUCUUAAAAACCUCAGUCAGUGCCCUCUAGACAUGCCUUCAGGUUCUCCACUGCCCCAUCAGUCCACUGUUUUGAUGUUCUGACAGCAGGUUUAGUGAGCUUCAGUCUUUGUCUGUAUGUGGGAAUCAGGUGGACUGUGACCUGGUCUGACAAGCCUAGUGUGGCAUGCGGAACCACACGGUACGCACUGCAUAUCGUACAACAGUGAUCUACAAUAUUAUCUCUCGUCAGACAUUAAAUAUGCUUUUUAUUUUGUGAGUAUUGGCAUGGGGCGGGAUGUAAAUGCCAACUAGAAUAAAAGAGGCAAACUCUCGUGGGUAGGAGAAGGGUUUUCAGGCAUCAGGGGUAGUUUCACCCAACCACGUCCCGGUGAAACUCAAGGCAGCAGAUGAUGAAAAGUCUCUGGAUUUCCCAACCAGUAGUUGUAGUUCAUCCAUCUUAUUUCCCAGCUAGCGAACAUUUGAGAGGAAAAUGCCCAACAUUGGAGUUGACUUACCGUUGACUUACUCUCAGAGUUCAGAGUAAGUCAACGGGAACCGUAGCCCUGAUGUCCAUGAGCUUGUCUCUAGUAUACGAGCAACAAUACCCUUAGUUUAUGAUAAAAUCAAGACAUAACAAAGCGCACCAAGUUACCGAGGCAGCCAUCAGCAACCCCAUGAAGAAUGUAUAACAGUUCUGUUGGUAGACUGUUACUAUCUAUUAAUAAAACUGUGUUUUUAUUCUUAAUAAUGGUCCUACAGUACCUAUGUUCACGGAUACUGCUUCUAUUACCAUGCAGUUACAAUAGUUUAGCUCCUGUUCAUGUGAGGGGAAUACACUUUAUUUGUUUAUAGGGCCUGUCUCAACACAACAAGAUUGUAGUAUCUGGAAACACAUAGAUAAUUCUGCGCUAUUUUUGGUGCUGUGAUUCUUUAGAAAAAGUAGAAAUAGUAAGAAAUUAAUAAAAGUGUAUUCCCCUCACAUGAACAUGAGCAAGGCUACUGUAUCUGCAAUCCAUGGAAGCGACUAACAGAACUCAAAUGCAAACGUAGUGAAUUCGCGUUCUGGACACAAAAUUAUGAAUUUGAAAUUACUAAUGAAUCUGGGUAAGACAGCCAAAUUAGCUUAGAAACAGGACUGUUUGAUCACUGCUUCAUUGUAAAGAUGUCCGAAGAGUUUCUGCUCAUAUAAUAGAUUAUGAUCUGAUGCGGCAGCAAUGUGUUUAUGGAAAUGUGUAAGUGGAAUAGUAACAGUGUCUUGUUGGAAAGGUAUUUGGGAACAGAAAAGUGUUCUCUCCCUCUCUCUCUCUCUCUCUAUAUACAGUAUAUAUAUAUAUAUAUAUAUAUAUAUAUAUAUAUAUAUAUAUAUAUAUAUAUAUAUUUAUAUUUAUUUAUUUAUUUCAAAAGGCUAGCAGCUACAAGGAAGCCGGUACAUGUCUGUACCCACACUUUCCUCGUCUCUCAAACUCCCUGUGCUCACAGUGUUGAAUGUUUAGGUUGUGUGUGUUUAUUAGUCUAAAACUCUGUGUGUUUGUAAGUGUCAUUUUUAUGUUCUUUCUCUCUCGCACUCUCCCUGUGUUCCAUUGUUGUCGUUGUUUAACCUCAGUUUGUCUCCCUUUUGUGUUUUCUUUUUGUGUUUUUUAUUCUAGAUCUCUUCCUGCCCGUUUGUUCAUCGUUUGCCCUAGCAUGUCGAUGUGAGGUCACAGUCCAAUCGUCCAGUCCUUGUCCUCUACGCUUCUCUGAUGCUUCUACUUUCACUUUUAAUCUUGUGUUCUUGAGUUUUUGUUGUUCAUUUGCAUUUUUGAGGUUCUUCAUUGGUCUGUGUGUGUCUCUGUGUGUGUGUUUGUUUUGAGGGGGGGGGGGGGGGGACUAUGUUUUGAAAGUUGGAUACAUAUUGUUGCUAGCAAAAAGAUUAUCUAUUUUUCUAGUUCCUGAUUAAAUAACCACUAGAUUUUGCUAAUUGUUAAUGACAAGAAAAUAACAGUGCGAUAUAUUUCUUUUUCUUUAAAUUGUAAUCUAUGUUCCCGAGCAGUCUCACACACAUCCUCCCAGAGUGAUGUGUUGUGAGUUUGUUUUGUGUGUGCAUAAGAGCAGCCAAUAAGUUUCUCUGUACUCACUCUUGUGAAUGAGUGACUGUGUGGGUCUUAUAGGUUAUGCAACUUUUUUUAUGUGUAUUUAUUUCCAUUUUGUUUGACCGAGGAAUGAAAUAGAUUUUUGUUUUUGCAACACUAUGCCUGCAUUAGUUGAUGCGGCAAUCCUCUAGUUUUUUAUUCAAGCAGCAUAACAACGAAGAAGGAAAUUGAUAACACUUGAAUCCACUCUUAUUUUCCUAUUUCAUCUGUCGGCUCACGAUUGGAAGCACGUGUUUAUGCACUUUCUUGGGUGUGGUGAAUUAACCUAAGUUUUACCAUCACGUACACAAAAAAAGCAGCGGGGGGUUGUCAUUUUUGGACACUGUUUCUGAUAUUUUAUGAAUGCAUUGUUCUUUGAACAGGCACUGAAAUUCAACUCAAGCAAAAUGUGAGGUAGUUUCUACUUCUAAAAUGGUGCCAAAUUUUUCAACACAGAUUUUAUUUUCUCCCUCAUGCUGUUUCCUCUAAAUCUUUAGCUCACUUCUUUGUUUCUUCAAGUAUGAGGUUGGUUUGUUUGUUUAUUUUUAUGGUUUAUCUAAUGCGUUUUCGUGUCCAAUUUAUAACUUGUUUGGAGUGCUUAAAACUUCUUGUGGGACAGCAAAGCUUUGGGUAUACGUGCACCCAAAAAUGUAUAGAUCUUUUCACUUGAGUGUGUGAGAGUUGUGUUCAGCAUGUCCCAAGAGUUUUGUUUUAGUGGAUGAAAACUUGUCUUGUGUGAAUCACAAUCAUUAUCGUGUGUGUGUGUGUGUGUGUGUGUGUGUGUGUGUGUGUGUGUGUGUGUGUGUGUGUGUGUGUGUGUGUGUGUGCGUGUGCGCACACACAGAUCUACACAAACGACAAUACAAUUUGGAGAACAUCGGUUGUUCUCCCCUUGAAGAACAAUGGAGAACUCGGCUGUGAGGCCCCCUUUCUCGAGAAUGCGAGAAUCAUCAAGAUACAAUUGAUUUAGGAGUUUUAUUUUGGAUCUAGGAUGGCUCCAAUACAUUUACUUGUGAACAUGUUGUUUUCUGAGUCUUUCUGCUGCUAGUAUUUAACAAAAUGAAUGGAUAUUUCCAAUUUUUAUUGGUACAGUUUGGGUGAUGUAUUCUACUUUUUUAAUUUUAAUUUUCCACAAUACCCAUUUCAAAGUCAUAAAGAUAACGUAGCAUAUCUGAAUGUCUACAACCUGACACAAUGACCAAAAUCCUUCUAUAUGUAGACAGAAUGUUACCAGAUUUUUCACCCAUUGUUGCAUUAAAUUAUAAACAUUUUUGUUGAUAUACUUUGUUUUGCAUUGUUGUGGUUUGAUGUGAGAUGUAGACUUUGCCGCAGUAUUAGACAGCCAGUAUUCUUUUUUGGGGGGUUGUUGGAUAUUUGUCAUGAAUGUUAAAUUUUUAUUAAGGCAUCCAUCUUUAUUUUCCGCAGGAUGUAAAGCUAAAUUGCACACUCAAGCAGUUGUUUUUGUGAGCUGAUGUGACAUUCAUAAUGGUUGGUUGGUUUGUUUUUGUUUUGGUUAUGUACAAAUAAAAUGUUUGAAAAGACUCACAA